GAGAUGAAGUUCUUGGUUUCAUUGGUUAUGUGCUCUCUUCUCUUGAACGGUUUGGCUUCUGCUCAAACUCUAAUUCAAGAUUCUUGCAAGAAAGCAGCCGCAAAAGACCCGCAAAUGAAAUACGAUUUCUGCGUCAAUUCUCUUACACAAGAUCCACAAAGCAAAACCGCGACCACACUCGAAGGUUUGGUCAUAGCAUCGACGAAGAAUGCUGCGGCGAAAACUACGAAUGUGAAAGGAAUCGUUGAACAGAUCCUCAAGGGCAAGAGAUAUGGACCAGGUAUUGAGACAGUGCUACACGAUUGCAUUGAGCAUUAUGACGAUGCUAAUGGUUCGUUAAACACUGCUUUAGCGAGCGUUCAGUCGCAUGAUUAUAGUACCGCUACUGUAAAUCUGGGUGCUGCUUUGGAUGCACCGGGCAAUUGCGAGGAUGGAUUCAAGGAAAGAAAGCAACAGAAGUCUCCCGUUACUAACGAGAACAAUAUUUUGUUUCAGAAGAUUUUGAUUCCUUUGGCUUUUACUAAUAUGCUAUGAUGAAACUGUCAACGUGUUUCAAUAAUUGAAUUCGAUUAUGUUUACCAUA